AUGUCUCGCGACAGCUGUGGACCUCGGGCACCAGAGAAACAUAGCGAGGAAGUACAGCUAGAUACCGAGUAUCCCAAACACAGCCUUCAGGAUUGCCAGGGAAUUUCCGCAUCAAAGCUUUCACCACGCACUUUUGAGUUAAGACUACGACAAGCGGCCCGAUUAUUGCAGGAUCUUCAACAGCUGUCUGCUGUUUCUCUAAACCUGGCCAGCAGAGUCGAUGGAGUCGGGUGGUCGGCCACGCACGAGUACCUUUUCCAGGAGCCGGGAUCCAAAGCCAAGCUUCGUCGAAGAUAUGCAGAGUCAAUGCGACAACUGCUACUCAAGACCUGGCUGCGGCGCUGUGCAGCACAAGAACCUGAAGGUCUCGUCGCGCACAUUGUCAGCUUUGUGCCAGGAUAG